GAUUGACUGCAGGGAGUCAGGGGCAGGCUGAUCGGCUCUCUGGCUCAUCUUCCUUCUUCCCUGCAGCAUGGGGAAAAAUGAACUCUUCCUCCUGGUCCUCCUGCAUGCGGUCGCCUCCCUCUCUGGAAAACCAAACUACAUGGUGCUGGUCCCCUCCGUGAUCCAUACAGGGGCCCCAGAGAAGGGCUGCAUCCUUCUGAGCCAGCUGAAUGAGACGGUGACUGUGAGUGCUUCCUUGGAGUCAAUCAGGGAGAACAGGAGCCUCUUCACGGACCUGGUGGUGGAGAAGGAUCUAUUCAACUGUUUCCCCUUCACUGUACCUAGGUCAUCAUCCAACGAGGAAGUUAUGUUCCUCACUAUCCGAGUGAAAGGAGCAACCCAAGAAUUCAAGAAACGGACCACAGUGUUAAUUAGAAAUGAAGACAGCCUGAUCUUUGUGCAGACAGACAAGCCGGUCUAUAAACCAGGACAGACAGUGAAAUUUCGUAUUGUCUCAUUGGAUGAAAAUCUUCGCCCACUAAACGAGUUGAUUCCACUAGCAUACAUUCAGGACCCCAAAGGAAAUCGCAUUGCACAAUGGCAGAAUCUCAAGUUAGUCGGUGGUCUCGAGCAGUUGUCGCUUCCCCUCUCAUCAGAGCCCUUCGAGGGCUCCUACAGUGUGGUGGUACAGAAGAAAUCAGGUGGAAGGACGGAGCACCACUUCACUGUAGAGGAAUUUGUGCUUCCCAAGUUUGAAGUCCAAGUGACAGUACCUGAAACAAUCACCAUCUUGGAUGAGGUGAUGGAUGUAUCCGUGUGUGGUCUAUACACAUAUGGGAAACCUGUCCCAGGAAACGUGACUGUGAGCCUGUGCAGGAAGUAUAGCCACCCUUCCACUUGCUACCAUGAAGAGUCCCAGGCAUUCUGUGAGAAAUUCAGUCACCAGCUAAACAGUCAUGGCUGCUUCUCUUGGCAAGUAAAAACCAAGGCCUUUCAGUUGAAGCAGGAAGGCUAUGAUAUGCAGCUGUCUGUUGAGGCCACAAUCCAAGAAGAAGGAACAGGAGUGAAAUUAACAGGAAAGGCAUCCAGCAAAAUCACAAGAACCAUCACUGAACUCUCAUUUGUGAAAGUGGACUCACACUUCAGACCGGGUAUACCUUUCUUUGGAAAGGUGCGCCUAGCAGACGGGAAAGGUAACCCUAUGCCAAAUAAGAUCGUCUCCAUCACAGCAAAUGAAGCUGACUAUAAAUCCAAUGCUACCACCGAUGAGAAGGGCCUGGUGCAAUUCUCCAUCAACACCACCAAUGUUGCAGGCACCUCCUUGACGGUGCAGGCCAAAUACAAGAGUGAUUCCAACUGUUACAGCUACAGAUGGCUGUCUGCAGAUCAUAAAACAGCGCAUCACACUGCUCACCUCGUAUACUCCCGGAGCCAAAGCUUUGUCUACCUUGAGCCAGUGACUCAAAAACUACACUGCGGGCAAACUCUGAUGGUCCAAGCACAAUACGUUGUGAAUGAACAUGUUCUACAGGAGCUCACCAUCUACUACCUGAUAAUGGCAAAGGGAGGCAUUGUCCGAGCUGGAACUCAUGUUGUGCCCGUGGAGCCAGACAGCGCCAUGAAAGGACAUUUUUCGGUGUCAAUCCCUGUAGAGUCAGACAUGGCUCCCAUUGCUCGACUGCUCAUCUACAUCGUUUUACCUGACGGGGAAGUGAUUGGGGAUUCUGAAAAAUACGAGGUGGAAAACUGUCUUCCCAACAAGGUGAAUUUGGGCUUCAGGCCCAAACAAAGUCUCCCAGCUGCCCAAGUCCACCUGCAAGUCACGGCUUCGCCUCAGUCCCUCUGCGCUCUCCGGGCCGUGGACCAAAGCAUGCUGCUCAUGAAGCCUGAGGCUGAGCUCUCCGUGGCCUCGGUUUAUAAACUGCUGCCAGUCAUAGACCUCACUGGCUUUCCUGAAAGUUUGAAUCAGGAGGAAGAUGAUCAAAACUGUGUCCGUCUCCACAAUUUGCUGAUUAACGGAACUUUGUAUUCACCAGUACCAACCACAGAUGGAAAAGACAUGUACAGUUUCCUACAAGAUAUGGGCUUAAGGGUAUUCACCAACUCAAACAUCCGUAAACCUAAAAUAUGUCCAUUACUUUCUCAUGUUACACGAGUGCCCUCUGCUGCAUACUACGUUUCGCAACCAAUGGCCGAUGCUUCAGGUACUUACAGAGAAACAGUCAGAAAAUAUUUUCCUGAGACGUGGAUUUGGGACCUAGCGGUAGUAGACUCCUCGGGUGUGGCUGAACUGGGAGUCACAGUCCCUGACACCAUCACGGAGUGGAAGGCAGGGGUGUUCUGCUUGUCCAAUGAGACAGGGUUUGGUCUGUCUCCCAUGGCCUCUCUCCGAGCCUUCCAGCCCUUCUUCGUGGAGCUCACAUUGCCCUACUCUGUGAUCCGUGGAGAAGCCUUCAUACUCAAAGCCACUGUAUUAAACUAUCUUUCCAAAUGCAUUCAGGUCAGUGUGCAGCUGGAAGCCUCGUCGCUGUUCCUCGCUGUCCCAGUGAAGCAGGAGCAAGAGUCUUACUGCAUUUGUGAGAAUGGGCGGCAAACUGUGUCCUGGACAGUAACCCCCAAGACGUUAGGAAAGGUGAAUUUCACUGUGAGCGCAGAGCACCUGGAGUCUAGAGAGCUGUGUGGGGCUGAGGCGGCUGUGGUUCCUGAACAUGGGAUGAAAGACACCAUCAUCAAGUCCCUGGUAGUUGAACCUGAAGGACUGGAAAAGGAAGAAACAUUCAACCUCCCACGUUGUCAACCAGAUGGUGAGUCAACUCAUCAAUUCAUCCUGAAGCUGCCUCCAAAUGUCAUAGAAGAAUCAGCCCGAGCCUACGUAUCCAUUCUGGGAGACAUAUUGGGCUCUGCCAUGCAAAACACACAAAAUCUCCUCCAGAUGCCCUAUGGUUGUGGCGAACAGAACAUGGUACUCUUUGCUCCUAACAUCUAUGUUCUGGAUUACUUAAAUGAAACACAGCAGUUGACUCCAGAGAUUAAGUCCAAAGCCAUUGAAUAUCUCAACAGGGGAUACCAGAGGCAGCUAAGAUAUAAACAUCGUGAUGGUUCCUACAGCACCUUUGGGGAGACACUUGGUGGGAAUGAAGGCAAUACCUGGCUCACAGCCUUUGUGCUGAAGAGUUUUGCACAGGCGCGAGCAUAUAUUUUCAUUGACGAAGAACACAUCACCCAGUCUCUCUUGUGGCUCUCCAGCAAGCAGAAGGAUAACGGCUGCUUCAGGAAAUCUGGGUCACUGCUCAACAAUGCCAUGAAGGGAGGGGUAGAUGAUGAAGUGACCCUCUCUGCCUAUAUUACAAUUGCCCUUCUGGAGAUUCCUCUUUCAGUCACGCACCCUGUUGUCCGCAACGCCCUGUUCUGCCUGGAGACAGCCUGGAAUUCUGUGAAAGAUGGAGCCCAAGGCAGCCAUGUCUACACCAAGGCGCUGUUGGCCUAUGCUUUUACCCUGGCAGAUAACCAGGAAAAGAGGAAAGAAGUCCUCCUGUCCCUUCAUGCAGAAGCUGUGAAAGAAGGUAACUCCAUCCAUUGGGAGCGACUUCAGAAACCCAAGACAUCAAACACCAAGGCUCCCUCUGCCGAGGUGGAGAUGACAGCCUACGUACUCCUGGCCUACGUCACAGCCAGCUCCGCCCUAGUCUCUGAGGAGCUGGCUGCUGCUACACUCAUCGUACAGUGGAUCAAAAAGCAGCAGAACGCCCAGGGCGGCUUCUCCUCUACCCAGGACACAGUGGUUGCUCUCCAAGCUCUGUCAAAAUAUGGGGCAGCCACUUUCUCCAGGACUGAGUCAGCUCUAGAGGUCACCAUCCAGUCUUCGGGGACAUUUUCCAGAAAAUUCCAAGUGAAAAACAACAAUCGCCUAUUACUACAACAGGUCUCCUUGCCAGAGAUACCUGGAGAAUAUAGUGCAAUUGUGAAAGGUCAUGGAUGUGUCUACCUGCAGACAUCCAUGAAAUACAAUGUUAUUCCAGAAAAGGAAAAUUUCCCAUUUGCUUUACAAGUGCAAACUGUGCCCCAAACUUGUGAUGGACCCAAGGCCCACACCACCUUCCAGAUCUCUCUGAAUCUCAGUUACACUGGGAGCCGUCCUGAGUCAAACAUGGUCAUUGCUGAUGUGAAGAUGGUGUCUGGCUUCACUCCCUUGAAACCAACAGUGAAAAUGCUGGAAAGAUCUAACCAUGUGAAUCGGACGGAAGUAAGCAACAACCAUGUCUUGAUUUAUCUGGAUAAGGUGUCAAAUCAAACUGUGAGCUUGUCCUUCACGGUUACACAAGAUAUUACAGUCAGAGAUCUGAAACCAGCCAUCGUUAAAGUCUAUGAUUACUAUGAGACAGAUGAAUUUGCAAUUGCUGAGUACAGUGCGCCUUGCAGCAAAGAGAGUGGAAAUGUUUGAAGACUGUAUCAAUGACAAGUAUUUGGUCAGUGUCCCUGUUCUCAAGACAUCAAGGAAGAAAGUGUUUUUGUAUCUCAAAAGAUCUAAUGAAUAAAUCUUUUCUUUUUUCUGACUGGUC